GACUCGGCGCGCAACGGCGCCCCCUGAGAGGCGAAGAGCGCACUGCGCAGGCGCCGAGGCUGCCACGGGGCUCGAGUAUCGCGGCUUUUGCGCUGGUGGCUGGACCGCCACUUUUCGGUCGGACCUGGAGAAAGUUAACGCAGAAAGGGAUGUUACAGGCACUACUACUAGCCGCUCCGCAAGGCCCAGGUGUGCCUGGUUCUUACCCCAGUUCCUCCAUGGCGCCUGAGUCUGGCACCUUCUACUCAGAAACCUUAGCCUGAGCCCAGGCUGUAGUAGUUUCCCCCGAUACAGCAAAAUUGAAACAGUUCGUAGUCAGUGAUCGGUGUCAGAGUAUAUUGGUAAUCUGGCGAUGCAUAACAGUCAACCAAAGCUUACCACCUUAAGACAACAAACGCUUAUUGUCACACGGGAUCUAUAGGUCAAGGCAUUUGGGUACGGGUGGCCGUAUGGUUCUGAAUCUCUCAGGAGAUUGCAGUCAAGAUACAGGUCAAGGCUGCAGUUAUCUCAAGUCUCGACUCGGGCUGGAGCAUCUCAAUCACAUGAUUGUUGGCAGGAGGCCUCAGUUUUUCACUAUAUGCACCUCCCUGUGGGACCAUCUGAAUGUCCCAAUGGCUUAGCCUCUGGCUUCCCAGAAGGACCAAGGUAAAUGCCACAAUGUCUUUUAGGAUCUAGUCUCAGAAAUCACAUACCAUUACUUCAGUCAUAUUCUGUUGAUCACAAACCAAGCCUUCGCUGUGGAAGAGUCAGCCCAAAGACAUGAGUACCAGUAAACAAGGAUCAUUAAGGGCCAUCUGGGAAUGUGGCUACCACAGAGGAUCUGGCAAUAACGAUGGUGAAGGUGAGUUCAAGGCUCAAGUGGAGAACACAUCAACUUCAAAGGCAGAGGGAAUCGAAGGUGCUCCCCAGCUUUGGACACUUCCCCUGUUUGAGAUGUGUUCAAAGAUGGCCCGAGUCCUCUGGGGAUGUCUCCUCCUGUGGAAUCUCCAUAUCUCACCUGCUUACUCUAUGUACCCUGGAAUCAAGGCGAGGGCUACACAGAGGGCUCUGGACUAUGGCGUUCAAGUUGGGAUGGAGAUAAUUGAGCAAAUGGUCAAGAAAAGAGACCUUCCAAAUUUAAACGGUUCUGAGUCUCUCGAAUUUCUGAAAGUGGAUUAUGUGAACUACAAUUUUACAAACAUAAAAAUCAAUGCCUUUUCAUUUCCAAAUACUUCAUUAGCCUUUGUGCCUGGGGUGGGAAUCAGGGCACUGACCAACCAUGGCACUGCCAACAUCAGCACAGACUGGGAAAUCAAGUCUCCGCUUUUCCGAGACACAGGAGGAGCUGACCUGUUUAUCUCUGAGGUCUACUUCACUGGUAAUGUUAUCCUGACCCGGAAUAACUUUGGUCACCCAAUCCUGAAGCUCCAAGACUGCCAUGCCCAAGUGAGCCAUGCUGACGUCUCAUUUUCUGGAGAGCUCAGUGUCCUAUAUAACUCCUUUGCUGAGCCCAUGGAGAAACCCAUCUUAAAGAACUUAAAUGAAAUGCUCUGUCCCAUGGUCACAAGCGAGGUGGAGGCGCUGAAUGCCAACCUCAGCAUGCUGGAGGUUAUAACCAAGAUUGACAACUAUACUCUGCUGGAUUAUUCCCUAAUCAGUUCUCCAGACAUUACAGAAAAUUAUAUUGAGCUUUAUUUGAAGGGUGUAUUCUACCCCCUGGGAAACCUCACAGAUCCCCCCUUCUCAUCAGUUCCUUUUGUGCUCCCAGACCGCAGCGACUCCAUGCUCUACAUUGGAAUCUCCGAGUAUUUCUUUAAGUCUGCAUCCUAUGCCUAUUUUACAGCUGGGGCUUUCAAUAUUACUCUCAGCACAAAAGAGAUUACCGACCAUUUGAUUCGAACCUCUCAAGGCCUUGGCAACGUGCUCUCUCGGAUUGCAGAGCUCUACAUCUUGUCCCAGCCCUUCAUGGUACGGGUCAUGGCGACAGAGCCUCCCCUGAUCAAUUUGCUGCCUGGUAACUUCACCCUAGACAUCCCCGCCUCCAUCUUGAUACUCACCCAGUCCAAGAACUCGACUGCGGAAACCAUCGUUUCCAUGGACUUCGUUGCUAGUACCGAUGUUGCUCUGGUUAUUUUGGGACAAAGACUGAUCUGCUCUUUAUCGCUGAACAGAUUCCGCCUCUCUUUGCCAGAGUCCAACCGCAGCAAUAUUGAGGUCCUGAGGUUUGAGAAUAUUCUGUCCUCCAUUCUCCACUUUGGAGUCCUCCCACUGGCCAAUGCAAAAUUGCAGCAAGGACUUCCUCUGCCCAACCCGCACAAAAUUUCACUCGUCAAUUCAGAUAUUGAAGUUCUUGAGGGUUUCCUUCUGAUUUCCACCGACCUGAAGUAUGAAACAUCCUUAAAGCAGCAGCCAAGUUUACAUGGUUGGGAAAGUCUGAACCUGAUAAGUGGACUGUGGAGGGGAAAGCCAGCCCCUUGAUUGCCUGUUUGGAGUCCAUUCUGAGAAGUAAAUGGCCCUUAAUCCCACAGCUCCUGUACCCCCAGAGCAGGAAGACAGUACACACUGGAAUUGUAAAGUUCUUGCGAAUUGCUGGAAGUUUUCUUUUUCAAGCCAGGGACAUAGAGGGAGGCAAACUGGGUAAAAGAGUUAAAUCAGGAUGUGUGUGUGUUCCCAUGUGAGUGUGGUGGGGGGGGGGGGUUGAAUGUGUGUUCAUGUUUGCGUGCAUGUUGUGUGUUCCUCUUUCUAUAAGAUUCUGAGGCCAAGAGUGAAGCAUGUACUUGUAAGGAGGCUUGUGAGAAACUCUCAAAUACAAAUUUGCAUCUUUUGUUAUCAGAGGAGGUCCCUCCAACCCCUUCAGCUCUCUAAGGCUCCCCCUUCCCUACAUGUUGGAUUUUAUGUUUUAUAUUUACUGUUACUGUCCCCUGUAUUUAAUUAAAAUCGUUUUCUAACAAUGUCAA